UGGAAGUGAUGCUGCUGCGAGCUUUUACUUGGCAGGAUUCUGGUUGUAUUAGGCUCCUCGUAGAGGAGGAGCCUUCUCCUAGCCAGCAGUGUCUUCGGUGGUGGCGAUGUCCACAAGCACGGACACAGCAUGGCACAGUGUCAGAAGUGGCUUCCCAUCCAAGAUUGGCAGUGCCAUCUAUCCCCAAAGCUGUGAGAGAUCGGACCAUAGGCCGUUGGCUCUUAAUUUGCAGUGGGACUGUGGCUGGAGCUGUGGUGCUGGGUGGUGUCACAAGGCUGACAGAGUCUGGGCUUUCCAUGGUUGACUGGCACCUAGUGCGGGAGAUGAAGCCUCCUCAGUCACAGCAAGAGUGGGAGGCAGAAUUCCAAAAGUACCAGCAGUUUCCGGAAUUUAAAAUCCUGAACCAUGACAUGACGCUGACGGAGUUCAAAUUCAUCUGGUAUAUGGAGUAUUCACACCGUAUGUGGGGAAGGCUGGUGGGGCUGGCGUACAUCAUCCCAGCAGCCUACUUCUGGAGGAAGGGCUACUUGAACCGAUCCUUGAAAACCCGUGUCCUUGCUCUUUGUGGGCUAGUCUGCUUCCAGGGUCUGUUGGGUUGGUAUAUGGUAAAAAGUGGACUAGAGGAAAAGACAGACAGUCAUGAUAUCCCUCGGGUCAGUCAAUAUCGUCUAGCUGCACAUCUGGGCUCUGCACUUAUUCUUUACUGCUCCAGCCUUUGGACUGGGCUCUCAUUGCUGCUGCCACUGCACAAGUUACCUGAAACCCACCAACUUCUACGCUUGAGGAGGUUCAGUUAUGGAACAGCAGGCCUUGUUUUCCUCACUGCCAUCUCAGGGGCAUUUGUGGCAGGAUUGGAUGCUGGACUUGUAUAUAAUUCCUUCCCCAAGAUGGGAGAACACUGGGUCCCUGAUGAUCUCCUUGCUUUUUCCCCACGUCUGAAGAAUUUUUUUGAGAAUCCUACAACUGUGCAGUUUGAUCACAGAAUCCUGUGGAAUGGCUUGCCUAAGGAGGCCAAAAAUUUCCCCAGAUGUCUGUCAGUCUACAGAUUACAUAGAACAGAAUCAUUCAGGGAACCUUGUCUGUCACGGCUGUCACAGGUUUGUACCUGCUUUCUAGGAAGAUCCCUCUCCCAAGCAGGACUAGGUUGGCAGUGGCUUCUUUACUGGCUGUGGCAUACCUCCAGGUCACCCUGGGUAUCAGCACACUACUCCUGUAUGUCCCAACUUCUUUAGCAGCUACUCAUCAGUCAGGGUCCUUGAUUCUGCUCAGUGUGGCUCUGUGGCUGAUUCAUGAACUUAGGAGGAUCCCUAAAUAGCUGCACCUUCCCAGCCAGAUCAUUUCUUUGGGCCUGAGGACUCGGGGAUGCUGUCCUCACUACAUGUGUUGUAUGAGCCUCUUCCUGGAGUCCUCAGCUUGGUCAGAGUGGAAAUUUGACAUCAUGAUCUGGAGCACUUGAUUGCAAAAAUUGGUUAACAUACACCGCUGUACCUGAAUUAUUUGGUCAGAGUGUGCAGGGGAUAAACUGCUUCUAUUUUGGUCUGUACUGUGCCUCACGCUCUGAUGUGCUGUUUGGCUGGGGCUGAGUUCAAGAGCAUUCUAUAGCAUUUAUUUUCAGAACUCUAUUGAGGAAUGAGAUUAUAGGUGUAUAAAAUUACUGGAGAGUGGAACUGGGAUUUUGGAUGAACAAGCAAGGACUUGGUAUGUUAGAGAUUACAGUGUGCGGUGAGGCUGGUUGUAUAUCCUGGCCAAUCUGUGUUUAUGAACCACGUAAGCAAAAGUCUCUAGUUGCUGUGAUUUAACUACGUUUUUCAAAAAAAUGUUUGAAAUGUCAAAUGAUGUACUGUCCCAUUUAACCCUUUUGAAUAAUCACAUUUUCCUUAUUUAAUAAAAAACAAAAUGUUUUCCCAUUA